AUGUCAUCAUUAUCAUCAUCACCAUCAUCAUCAUCAUCAUCAUCAUCAUCAUCAUCAUCAUCAUCAUCAUCAUCAUCAUCAUCAUCAUCAUCAUCAUCAUCAUCAUCAUCAUCAUCAUCAUCAUCAUCAUCAUCAUCAUCAUCAUCAUCAUCAUCAUCAUCAUCAUCAUCAUCAUCAUCAUCAUCAUCAUCAUCAUCAUCAUCAUCAUCAUCAUCAUCAUCAUCAUCAUCAUCAUCAUCAUCAUCAUCAUCAUCAUCAUCAUCAUCAUCAUCAUCAUCAUCAUCAUCAUCAUCAUCAUCAUCAUCAUCAUCAUCAUCAUCAUCAUCAUCAUCAUCAUCAUCAUCAUCAUCAUCAUCAUCAUCAUCAUCAUCAUCAUCAUCAUCAUCAUCAUCAUCAUCAUCAUCAUCAUCAUCAUCAUCAUCAUCAUCAUCAUCAUCAUCAUCAUCAUCAUCAUCAUCAUCAUCAUCAUCAUCAUCAUCAUCAUCAUCAUCAUCAUCAUCAUCAUCAUCAUCAUCAUCAUCAUCAUCAUCAUCAUCAUCAUCAUCAUCAUCAUCAUCAUCAUCAUCAUCAUCAUCAUCAUCAUCAUCAUCAUCAUCAUCAUCAUCAUCAUCAUCAUCAUCAUCAUCAUCAUCAUCAUCAUCAUCAUCAUCAUCAUCAUCAUCAUCAUCAUCAUCAUCAUCAUCAUCAUCAUCAUCAUCAUCAUCAUCAUCAUCAUCAUCAUCAUCAUCAUCAUCAUCAUCAUCAUCAUCAUCAUCAUCAUCAUCAUCAUCAUCAUCAUCAUCAUCAUCAUCAUCAUCAUCAUCAUCAUCAUCAUCAUCAUCAUCAUCAUCAUCAUCAUCAUCAUCAUCAUCAUCAUCAUCAUCAUCAUCAUCAUCAUCAUCAUCAUUAUCACCAUCAUGA